UUUUGAACCCAAAGUGGAUGAUGCUGUCAGGGCUGAACCACUGACCAGAGUCUGAAAAACUCCCAUCUUCUCGUUGGCCAUCAAUUGAGAUAAGAUGGAAGACUCUUACAAGGACAGGACUUCACUGAUGAAGGGUGCCAAGGACAUUGCCAGAGAGGUGAAGAAGCAAACAGUAAAGAAGGUGAAUCAAGCAGUGGACCGGGCCCAGGAUGAAUACACCCAGAGGUCCUACAGUCGGUUCCAAGACGAAGAAGAGGACGAUGACUAUUACCCGCCCGGAGAAACCUAUGAUGGGGAGGCCAAUGAUGAUGAAGGCUCCAGUGAAGCUACUGAGGGUCACGAUGAAGAUGAUGAGAUCUACGAAGGGGAGUAUCAGGGCAUCCCCAGUAUGAGCCAAGAGAAAGACAGCAUCGUGUCGGUGAGGCAGCCCAAGGGCGAUGAGUACAAGGACCGCCGGGAGCUGGAGUCAGAGAGGAGGGCUGACGAGGAAGAACUAGCCCAGCAGUAUGAGCUGAUAAUCCAGGAGUGUGGUCACGGCCGUUUUCAGUGGGCCCUUUUCUUCGUCCUGGGCAUGGCCCUUAUGGCGGAUGGCGUGGAGGUGUUUGUCGUUGGCUUCGUGUUGCCCAGUGCUGAGACAGACCUAUGCAUACCAAAUUCAGGAUCCGGCUGGCUAGGCAGCAUAGUGUACCUCGGGAUGAUGGUGGGGGCGUUCUUCUGGGGAGGCCUGGCAGACAAAGUGGGAAGGAGACAGUCUCUUCUGAUUUGCAUGUCUGUCAACGGAUUCUUUGCCUUCCUUUCUUCAUUUGUCCAAGGUUAUGGCUUCUUUCUCUUCUGUCGCUUGCUUUCUGGAUUCGGGAUUGGAGGAGCCAUUCCCACCGUGUUCUCCUACUUUGCUGAAGUGCUGGCCCGGGAGAAGCGGGGCGAGCAUCUGAGCUGGCUCUGCAUGUUCUGGAUGAUCGGUGGCAUCUACGCCUCUGCCAUGGCUUGGGCCAUCAUCCCUCACUACGGUCCCGUGCUGAGUUUCUCCUAA